AUGGCUGGUUGGCCAAGCCAUUUGGAUCUGCCUGCGAAGGAGGAUGAAGGCACCUCCUGGAACAAAAGAGUCGAUGCCCACGGUCUCUCUGUGGAGCUGUUGGAUGCCAUGUGGUAUGCAGCUGCUGUGGACCAUCAGAGUGGCUACAAGCAGAAGUGCCUACGCUGGAUUGGGCCGUACUUCCCAGGUACAACAGCUGAGGAAAGAAAGGUGCAGACCGUGGAGCGGAACAACAUGGCUGCGAAUGUGAAGGUCGCAGUGCUUGGGCCAGACUACAUCGGGUUGUGCUUUCAUGAGGAAACCUCUGGAAACAAUGGAGGUGGAGACAAUGGAGAUGGCAACAACGGAGAUGAUGGCCAUGAUGAUGGACAAGAGGAAGAGAAACACGACGAUGUCGAAGAGAUCACAGAAGAGAGCACGCAACUUGCUCUGGCAGGUGAUGAAGGUGGAUUGGAAACCAUGGAUACUCAUGAACCCAUGGAUGUGGUUGAAGAAGUUCCCACAGCACAUGCUGCCGCCUUGACGAUGCACCCUAGCAAAUACAUCGACCUCAACAGCGACGAUGACAUUGACCCAAGUGGGACUACUGGGUCAGAGGCAGUUGCAACUGCAGUGAAGCUGGAGGUGAAAACAGAGCCUCACCCAUGUGCGCUGCUGGGAGCCUUGAUGUCCAGCGAGUCAAGGGUAAUGGACAAAAAGGACAAAAGUGUGGUAACCUCAGGGUUGAAGAUCAUGCAGCAUGAGGAUGAAGUCAUGAAAGCUAUGGUGGGGAUAUCUCACUUGUCAGAAUCGGUUCACAUGGUGGUUUUGAAAGACCCCACGAUCAAUCUGACCAGUUGGAACGAUGUGCAUGUCAUGACAGUUGACCCCAGCUGGGAAGACACAUGCAAGAAGCUUGCAGCCAGGGUCUCAUCUCAGAGCCCUGGACUGAUUGCAGUGUACAUGGAAAAUCCCACUUGGAAACAGAUCCAAGAUGUCCAUUGUGAAGCUGACAUGAACCAAUGCACGGUUGUGGUUUUCACCCCAUACCUGGAGAGCCUGGUUGACAAGGGUUAUUGCUUUGGGGGUGAUUUGUGCCUGUUUGUUGCAGGAGACCGCAACGAUGCACUGUUCAGGCUGGCAGUGGAUUGGAACGAGGGUCAAGAGAGCAUGACACCAAGGACGUUCCAAGAUGCAUGUGGGAUGGAGUUUCAUGAGCUGUGGAAGGGUCAUUCAGAGAAGCUUUACCUAGAUAGGUACGCACAGACAUGUUUUGUUGGUGAAGCUAUGGAUGAGCUAUCUGGAUCGGAUGACCAGAUGCUGGAUGAUCCCAACAAGCCUCUGACUCCAGCAGAGAAUGAGCAACUCAUGUUGGAUCAACUUGCAAUCCCUGGAGCCCCAUUGGAUGAGGUCCAGAGGAGAGCGCACUGGAGAGCACUGCCCACACAAACUAGGAUCGCCAUCCGACGCCUGCACAGGCAAUUUGGCCAUCCAACACCUGCUACCUUGAAGAACAUCCUGAAGGCAGGAAGGGCAUCUCCUGAGCUGAUUGAGGCAGCUCGAUUGGUGAGGUGCCAGGCAUGUGAGGACUCUGCAAAACCCCCAAGAGAUCAUCCAGAUGGAAGUCAUUUCAAUUUUGAGUUUAACUCUAUGUUGGGUUUUGACGUGUUGGAAAUGAGGGAUCAUUUGGGGCACAAGUACUCAGUGAUGUCGAUGGUUGACAUUGCAACGGCUUUUCACAUGUGCGAAGUUGUCAAGGAAGGUGGAGGACAGCCCACUUCAGAGGCCUGUGCCAAAGCGCUGAUGACCAAGUGGAUUGCUUGGGCUGGCUGGCCAAAGGCAUGCAUCAUGGAUCGAGGCCUUCACAACCGAGGCGCAGUGACCAAGAUGCUGGCCAGUCAUGGGUGCAAUAUUGAGUUUGCCCCUUUGGAAACCCCAGCAGCUAUAGGAAAGGUAGAACGUCAUGGGGGUAUCCUAAAAGCAAUUGUCAGAAAAGUGGCUGCUGAUACCGAGACAGCAGGACUUGCAGACUUUGAGAUGUUGCUGCAAGAAUGCACAUCCACAAAGAACAGCAUGCAGAGAACAAAUGGUUACAGUGCAAGUCAAUGGGUUUUGGGAAAACAGCCACGCAUGCCGGGCUCAGUCACAGACAUGUCAGAGAGCGCUGACUUGGGUGUGAUUGAAGCGAAAACAGAUCCAACUGUGGCGUACCACAAGGCACACACUGCAAGAAUGAGUGCACAAAGGGCCUUCGUCCAUUUAGACACAAGCAACAGGGUUGCACGUGCGCUGACACGCAAUGCAGCGCCCCAGCACAAGGAGUAUGCAGUUGGUGAUUUGGUUUGCUACAGGAGAGAUGCACAACAAGGAGGCACAACAUGGAGCACAGCAUCCCGUGUGAUCGGCCAUGAUUCCCAAAAUGGGUUGUGGUUGUUACACGAGGGCGUACCAAUCUUGUGCAGUACAUCACGCGUGAGGUCUGCCAAUGAGAGCGAGGCCCUGGCCUUCUCCAUCUUGAAUGGGGAACCCGUGUUGCCAGAUGCCAUUGUGUCAGGCCCUCAACAACAGAAGUACAUCCAUCUUGAAGAUGAACAACAAGGACCAAAGUCCCCAAACCCAGUUGGGAUCUUUGAUGAUGAUGAAGAUGCCCCUCAGGGGAGCAGUGCGCCGUCAAGAGCUCCAGCAACACCAGGGAGACGGUUGAAGGCCAAAGAUAAGACGGGCCAAUCUGAACGACCUGGCCCGUACACAAGAGCCGCUCCAAUGACCCCAGGUGCACUACCUGGUGACACGAUGAUGGCUGAGUUGGUGGAUGGAGACCACUGGCGCAUUUCAAAGGAUGUGGCAAUCAGAGUCCAUGCAGAAUCCAGGAAACGAGAGUACAACACGAUGGUUGAUGGUGAACUGCCAGAAGGGUUUCAGGAUUCAGGGGUUGCAACAGUAAGAAAGAUCUUCAGGAACGGGGAUGUAAAAACAAACGAAACGGGUAAGGUAAGUAAUGUAGAAGAAACGGACGCUUGGACCGGUUUCACCGUCUUUCGAAGGGCACAGGACCCAUUCGAACGCGCGCGAGCCGUGGAUCUGGAACUGGAUUUGGAACCUCUAAGGUCCUUCAUUGCACAGCGCAUUGUGGAGGCCGAGGAGACGGUUCAAUCUGGGAAGGUGGCCAAGACAGUGGACAUCAGAAAGGUCUCACCAGAGAUCAGAGCCUUGAUGAUGGAAGCUCGAACUGCAGAGUGGGAGAAGUACAAGAGCUUCAACGCUGCAAUUCCCAUUUGGGGAAAGGAGCUUCAAAAUCUGCUGGAUGAAGGUCACAAGGUGCGAUGCUCCGACAGCAGAUGCGGAGUCCCAUUGCCUCCUGGCGAGCUGGGCAGCUUCGGAAAGGUUGCGUCUGAAGGGUUAAGUGACGUGACCAAUGCGUAUUUUCAAGCAAAGCCACUGACGAGGUUGCUACUGAUGCGGCAGCCGACAGGUGGACUUGGAGAUCCAGAUGUGCCUGCAGAAGCGUGCUUGCUCUUUAGGGUGCCCAUCUACGGUUCAAUCGAUGCAGGUAGAGGUUUCUACUUGCGCAUGGAUUCAGAAGUGAAGACAGCAGGUAUGAAGGCGUCAAAGAUGAUGCCUGCCCUGUACUACCAUCAGGACGAAAACGGUGAACUGGAUGCGAUGCUAUGCACCCACGUGGAUGACCUACUGUUUGCCCACAAGCCAAGUGGAGCGAAGGUAAUCCAGGAGAUCCUUGGAAAGUUCUCAGUCGGAAAGACUGAAGAAGGAAGCUUCAGGUACUGUGGACGUCGGUUUACCCAGCAUGGUGAUUUCACAGUUGAGAUCGAUGCUGAGGAGAACACCAGAGGAAUCAAGCCAAUUUCGUCCCGUAAGGGAACUGAUGUUGUCACGGAAAAGGUGAAUGAACUCCAGAGACUUUGCAAUCCAAAGGCCACGGUGUCAGAUUUGAGACUGGCAAACAAGGCUGUUGAACUGGCACGCCAGAACCAAAACAUGAAGCUGGUGUACAAGGCCAAUUGGAUUGACUGGAAGGAUCUUGCAGUGGUGACGUACAGCGAUGCAUCUUUUGCAAUGUGUGUCCUGUGUGAGAUGAUAGGCAAGCUGGUGUCAAUGACUGACUGGCACGAGCAAUGCCAGAUGAAGAUGAAACACGUUUGGGUGUCUGACUGCAUGAGCCUGGUCGAACACCUGAAUGCAGAAGUGCCCAAGAAGGUCCAGGAUAAACGACUGGGCAUAGAGCUUGCAGCAUUGAGACAGUCCUUGUGGACAGGGAAUGGCCAGAAGAGCAGUCUUGAGUACUCGCCCUACGGGGACGAGCUGUGGUGGAUUGAGACUGCCCGGAUGCUCGCAGAUGCAUUGACGAAGUCAAUGAAACCCUGCCUUUUAACGAGGACCUUGACAUCCGGCCUGAAUUCGCUCAGACUUGCAUGA